UUUUAAGCGGUUUAGGACACAUCCCACAAAAGUAUCAGUGUAGCUAGUGCACUAGGUGCUUAUAUUUAAAAACACAACAUUAGGUAAUUCAAUGGAGACUAAAGCUGAUAGUUUUUAUCGACAGCUGCCUAAAGUGGAGCUUCAUGCACAUCUUAAUGGUUCCGUCAGCUAUGAAACUAUGGAGAAACUCAUUGCCAGAAAGCCACAUCUGAACAUUGAGUCCAGCAUGACGGCUAUCCAGAGUGGACAGCAGCGCACGCUGGAUGAAUGUUUCCAGGUUUUCAAAGUGAUCCAUCAGCUUGUUGAUUCAGAAGAGGACAUCCUAAUGGUUGCCAAAGCUGUUAUUCAGGAGUUUGCUGCUGAUGGAGUAAAGUAUUUGGAACUUCGUAGUACACCACGUCAAGAGACUAAAACAGGUCUGACGAAAAGGAAGUACAUUGAAACUGUUAUUGAAGCCAUCAAUCAGUGUAAGCAGGAGCAAGUAGACAUAGAUGUCAGGUUUCUAGUAGCCGUGGAUCGCAGAAAUGGGCCCGAGGUUGCUAUGGAGAUGGUAAAGCUAGCUGAGGACUUUAUGCUGUCCAGUGAUGGUGUGGUGGUAGGACUGGACCUCAGUGGUGACCCUACAGUCGGGCAUGGAAAAGACUUGCUUCCCGCUCUUCAGAAAGCCAGGAACUGUGGGCUCAAGUUGGCAUUACAUUUGUCAGAGGUUCCCUCUCAGAAGGAGGAGACAGAUUUGCUGCUGAGUUUGCCUCCUGACAGGAUUGGUCAUGGAACAUUUUUACACCCUGAAGUUGGUGGAUCAGACAGCCUAGUAGACAAAGUCUGCAAGCAAAACAUUCCUAUAGAAUUGUGCUUGACCUCUAAUGUGAAGGGUCAGACUGUACCCUCAUAUGAUAAGCAUCACUUCCAGUAUUGGUAUGAGAGGGGGCACCCGUGUGUAAUCUGUACGGAUGAUAAGGGUGUGUUCUGCACAGAUCUCUCUCAGGAGUACCAGCUGGCUGCGUCUACAUUCGGUCUCAGUCGAGAGGCCGUGUGGUCUCUGUCCCAGCAGGCCAUUCAAUGCAGUUUUGCCCCGGAGCCUAUAAAGCAGCAGCUGGAGCAGAGGUGGGCUGAGCUCAGACCUAAGAUCCUUUACUGAUGGAGCUAUACUCAGCAAAUGGGUUUAAUAGGUCUCCCUUCUGUGCCAGCACUACAGCAUUUAGCACUUGAACAUGUUCACCAUGUGUACUGUAGCUGUGACUUCAUGUUACUGCCCACUCCACAGAAGCUUUUUUAUUAAUUGAGAGAUAUGUAGGGAUUGCUGCCUGGCCUUUUACACAACGAUGUUAUCUCUUCAUAGUCAUGUUAGUAAUGCAAAUUUUGCCUGAUUUCUUUGAAUUAAUAACCGCCAGUAGCCGACAGUUAACCAACAUUAUUCUUAUUCAGUCCAAUCAAAAUAUGGUGGUGCAGCAGGUAUUGAGGUUUACUGGGAUUAAUCUUUUUCUCCAGUCACAUACAUGUGUACAUGUCUGAGUAUUCUGUAGUUCUCUUACUUUCCAAAAACAUGUAGAUUGGCUUACUAUUAAUAUAUUUUAAAUUAGACCAAGUCCGCUCAGGUGGCGCGGCGGUGUUACAUCAGUCUACCCAUGUCGAGAUCUGGGUUUGAAUGACAGCAGUGUGAUUGCGUAACUGAUUAUAAAAACAGACAUAAUUGGUUAUGUCAAAGGGGGGUUAGGGACAUGAUGCCCCACAAUGGAUUGGCUGCUUCCUGUGUUGUCUAUUCCUGUCUUGUGCUCAGGCAGGGUUUCUUGGUGAAACUUGCACAACCCUGACCAGGAUAAAGCAGAUGAUAAAAAUAAAAAAAUACAAAAUGGAAUGAAAUUAGAGCAUGGCAACAUGUCUGAAUCUGAUGUGAAUACAUUUUACUUUCAGCUACCUCAUCUUGUACAUAUGUAAUAAUGUUUUAAUGCUUUUAAAUAAAUAA